AUGACGCCAGGGUUCUGGAUUUGCCGUCCUCCCAGAUACCCCAGCAACUCCGGAGACAUUAUAGCACGGAGGCUCGACACCAAGGCCUUUGUCGACGCGGCUCUGGCUCAGCGGAUUCUGAACGGGUCACAUUCUGUCCCCAACGGCGGCUGGAGCACGCCCAUCGCCUCCAUUGUCCGCGACGACUUCGUCCUACAGGACGAACUAAAAAAGGAGCGCCAGAACCUCCGGGACAAAAUCGUCAACGCUUUCGACGUGCUAUACACCGAGAGACGGUCGCCCAGAAUCCCGCCAACCCAAAACACCACCCAUCUCGCCGGCGCAAACUUGGACCCGGGCUACGGAACCACACAGCUCAAGGAGACAACAGACCCUGAGGACGCGGCGUCCACGGUCCUCGUCGGCAGCAACCGCAGCGGCAUCAUCAUCGACUCCGACGUGCUCCUGCGGCACGUCUCGGGAGGCUACUGGGUCCUCUAUCUCAGCUCCGUAGAGGUGCCUCUGGAAAUGGGCGCCGCCCUCGCCGCCGAGCUCAAGUUUGGCAGCGACGCAAACGCCUCUGCCCUCAAGAUCAUCUGGGACCAGGCCAAGCCGGGUCUGCGCGAGGUCAAGGUCCUCCUCAACAAGGUAGAAUAG